AUGAAGAACGGAGGUUGGGUGGAAGUUCGGCGGAAAAAGGGUCAUGACCGGAUUGGAAAAUGCUCUGUGUGGACUGCAUCGAGAGGAAAGGGUGUGGGAGAUAGCAAAGCCAUAUCGUCUUUCUUCUUUACUGAAUUUUUGAAGGAUUUCGGAGCUAAGGAGAUGACGGAAGUUUUUAAAGAUUAUGGUAUUAUGCGGGAGGUUUUUAUUCCGGUGAGACGUGACAAAAGAGGUAAGCAUUAUGGAUUCGAUGGAUUCAGGAUGAUAGUGGAUUACAGAAUUAUGGCGAUGCUGGUUUUCAACACAAAAAUUCCAGUGGAAACAUUGGGAAUGUAA